AUGUCAUCAUCAAAAAGGAGAGCACCGCUCAGCGUCGACAUCAUUAUAGUUGGAGCUGGUAUUGCCGGUCUGGCUGCCGCGUUUAGACUCUGCCUAGCAGGGCAUCAUGUUCGGGUUCUAGACAGAGCUCCAGGACCAAAUCGGCGUGCUGGUGGUACACAUCUCCCACCCAAUGCUACCAAAGUUUUGGUGGAUUGGGGAUUCAAGAAUGAGCUAAUGAAAUACGGACUCAGCACACGCGCUAGCACAUUCCUUUCAAUUGACACAGGAGAAGUCAUAGGAUGCCUCGAAUGGAAGGAAGACGUCCUUCAGGAGACAGGAGCUGACUAUCUGGUGAUCCGUUAUGGUGACCUCUACGAUAUGCUCUAUCGUGCAGCGGUCAGCGCGGGUGCCCGUAUUACAUAUAAUGCAACAGUGGUCAAAGUACACACGAGUCCACCCCGCGUCGAGCUUCAGGAUGGUACCGUCUUCAAAGCAGAUAUGGUCAUUGGGGCCGAUGGUCCACGGAGUACAGUCCGCGAAGCGGUCGUUGGGUGGCCAAGCGAAGAGGUGCCAGAAGGGCACAGUGCUUACGUUGCAAUCAUACCUCGGGACGUUCUUCAAAACGACCCUGAGCUCAGUGAAUUGACGCGAUUUCAUGAAGGCAGACCUGAUUACCCGAUAUGGACCGGAGACUCCAGACAUGUCAUAGCCUUCACGGUGGCUGGUGGGGCUGAGUUUGCCGUUCAUGCGUUCUUGCCUGACAGCGAAGUUGAUGGCAUUGGUGAGCAAGACGGCUGGGACGUGACCGUCCCUCGGGAAAAGCUCCCUUUCCAUUUCGAACCAAAGUUGCAGCGAUUGCUAAACAUACCUACUGAUUAUCAGAGGGUACGACUUUUCCAAAGAGAAAGCGCCGAAGAAUGGUCAGAUGAAUCAGGAAGGCUUCUCCUUAUAGGAGAGGCUGCACACCCGUUAUAUGCAAGUCCAUCUGACUGCAGUAUGCAAAUAGAGGACGCCGAAGUGCUCGGCACCCUCUUCUCUCGAAUACGGGACUUGGAUCAGUUACCUCACUUGCUCGAAGCGUUCCAGGAGCUGCGCGAACCACGCACGCGUGCCAUAUAUGCAAAAGAGACGAAGGCUUUUGAUACAGUAUGGGUGCCACCUGGGCCACAACGUGAUGCGCGAGAUCAGGCCCUCCAUAGUAUGAUGGUCGAAGGACACAAAGGCUGGGACGAGACGAAGAUGCGCUGGCAGUGGGAUGAGAUUUGCGAGGUCUUCGGCUAUAACGCGCGGGACGCGGCUGAAGACUGGUGGGUCAUGUGGGGUAUGUUGAGGGAGAGAAGUCACAUAUCACGGGAUGGACAUGGUCCUUCCAGUUAUGCUGUGCCUUUCUGUAUGGGGGCAACCGUCACGCAUUACGCCGAACCAGUCGUAUUGCGAAACUGA